AUGCUACGGAAGCUUAGUAAAGAUAACUAUAUAAUACUUAAGUUACAUAGACCGAUAGUAUUUUUAAAUACUGUUAGGAAGAUUAUAAACGUAAUUAUAACGGAAAGAUUAAGUUAUAUAACCGAAACGUAUAAACUAUUAUUAAAAAAUUAUAUAAGUAAAAAGAAAUAA